AAAAACGGUGGAAUUGAAAUUUUAGAGGCAACAAAAAAUAGUCCAGUGUGUGGUGGUUGUUAAAUACAAGUUUUUUGCUUAAUAUUUUAUAUUGAUGACGAAGUAUUAAAAAAUAGAAGCAAAAAUCUUCUCGUAUAUGUUAAUGCAAAUUUCUUGAAUAAAAUUUUGAUAGCUGUGAUUAAUAUACUGAGAAUAAUAAAUUAAUAAAAAACAAACGAAUUAUUAACGAAAUAAAUUAAAUUAAAACAAAAAGUUGGCUCUUAACAAACAAAAAAUAAGAAAAAAGUGAAAAUAUAAAAAAAAUUGGCCAAAAAAUCAAUACUUUAGCAAAACCCUCAGAAAAAAAACAGUCAUACAUAACUACAAUAUACGGAUAAAUGAUAAAAAAAAUAAAAGGGUAAAAAUAUUCGUUUAAAAAAUAUAAAAAAGACGAAUCAAAAUAUAUCGUGCAAUCAAUUCCUAGUUUAAGUAAAAUAUUUCAAAUAUUUACAAAAUCAAUCUUAACGACAACAAAAGCAAAAAAUCCUCAUAAAAUUUUCAAUGGCUCAGAGUUCUGUAAACAACAGCAGUGGAACAACAGCUGGAGGUGGUGGUAGCUCCAUUUCAAUGAAAUCCGGCUCUCACAGUAACCUAGCUGUGACUAGUAGUAGUACAAGUACACCCAUACGUAUUGCUAGUUAUCAUGGUCAUGUAUCGUCUACUGUCAAUGACUCACCUACACCAUCAUCGACGGCUAGUUUAAUGCAGCAACCCCCACAAUAUCAACAAUCAAGUAGUGUGCCCUCAUCAGCUGGUGGCGUUGGAAUUGGUGGCAGUAGUGGUGGUAGUACUGUUGGUCAAUUGGGACAAAGUUCAGCCUCAUUAAAUAUGGGCACUUCUACACAACAGCAACAACAACAACAGCAGCAGCAACAACAACAGCAGCAACAACAAUCAGCAUCAACAAAUACGAUGAGUACAAGUAUAACACCACCAAACAGUGCUGGUUUACGUCAAUCAGGUGGCAUUGCCAAUUGGGCAAGCGAUAGUCGGGACAAAUAUGAUGGCAAUCAAACAGAUAAGACAUCAACAGACACAUCCAAGCUGAAUCGUAAAGAAUCCUAUAAAGCGCAACGUAAAAAUUAUAGGCGUGAAAAGAAACGUGUCGCAUCUGAAUUGUUAAAUUCAUUGCAAGAUCCAGCUGUGAUUGUAUUGGCAGAUUGGCUUAAGGUUCGGGGUACCCUAAAAUCAUGGACAAAACUAUGGUGUGUCUUAAAGCCGGGUUUAUUGCUAAUUUAUAAAAGUCCUAAAACCAAAAGUAGUCAUUGGGUGGGGACUAUACUAUUGACAUCAUGUCAGGUUAUUGAGAGGCCCAGUAAAAAGGAUGGUUUUUGCUUUAAGCUAUUCCAUCCUUUAGAACAAUCCAUAUGGGCUCCUCGAGGACCCGAUAAGGAAACUAUAGGUGCCGUUACACAACCUUUACCAACUGCAUAUUUAAUAUUUAGGGCUCCAAGCCAAGCAGCUGGUAAAUGUUGGAUGGAUGCUUUGGAGCUAUCACUACGCUGUUCGGGUUUAUUGCUGCGUUCCAAUUCAACGCCAGGAACUAAUCAAGUUACCGGUACCGUAGAGGCUUCUAUAUCACAUGAAACCCAAUGGUCUGAGGCUGACUAUGAAAAACAUUUUGAUGAUCAAGAUCUUGAUGGUGAUAGUCAAAAUGAGGCUCCCACGGGUAUAAUGUCUGGCAUUGAUACAGAUUCCGAUUCAGAUGGUAAUGAUAUCAUUGGUAUCGAUAAUCAAUUGCAACAAAUUGACAAUGAAGAGGAGCCAAUUGAGACGCCAUAUAUACCAAUGCCGGAGGAGGAAAUAAAUACGCAAAGCGGCGAACAAGUUGAAGAAUUGGCAGAAGAGAAUAAAAGUUUAAUAUGGUGUUUGGUUAAACAAGUCCGUCCAGGUAUGGAUUUAAGUAAAGUCGUUUUACCCACAUUCAUAUUGGAACCACGGUCAUUUUUGGAUAAGCUCUCUGAUUCAUAUUAUCAUGCUGAUAUAUUGUCAAGAGCUGUUAAUGAAGACGAUCCUUUUACACGCAUGAAACUAGUUGUACAAUGGUAUUUAUCUGGUUUCUAUAAGAAACCCAAAGGUCUUAAGAAGCCCUACAAUCCCAUAUUGGGCGAAACGUUCCGUUGCUAUUGGGAACAUCCGAAUGGCAGCCGCACUUAUUAUAUAGCCGAGCAGGUCUCGCAUCAUCCACCGGUUUCGGCCUUCUACGUUACAAAUCGCCAAGAAGGUUUCUGCAUCAGUUGUUCCAUCUUGGCCAAAUCAAAAUUUUACGGCAAUAGCACUUCGGCGGUGCUAGAAGGUGUGGCUACGUUAACUCUUCUGCCAAGAGGAGAGAGUUAUACGCUAACCACACCUUAUGCCCACUGCAAAGGUAUUCUCAUGGGUACGCUCUCCAUGGAAUUGGGUGGUAAGAUUAAUAUCGAUUGUGAGAAUACUGGUUACAAGACGGAGCUCGAAUUCAAGCUGAAACCUUUCUUGGGCGGUUCCGAUAGUACUAAUAUUAUUGCUGGCAAAAUAAAAUUGGGUAAGGAAACGUUGGCUACCAUUAGCGGCCAUUGGGAUGGUGAGAUGCGUAUAAAAGAUGGCAAAUCUGGAGAGGAUUCUAUGCUGUUUGCGGCUAGUCGUGAUACGAUGAAAAAACGUUUAUUACGUUAUGUGGUACCACUUGAGUCUCAGAUGCCAAAUGAAUCCGAACGCUUGUGGAAUUUAGUAUCGGCUGCCAUUGGACGUGAUGAUCAAGUGGGUGCUACCGAAGAGAAAACGGUACUGGAGGAACAACAACGUACUUCGGCUAAAGAGCGUAAAGCAACAUUUGCCGAAUGGGAACCGGCACAUUUCCAACAAGAUUUAAUUACAGGCAAGUGGAUUUACAAAUACGCUGAUUUAAGGCCCUGGGAUCCUCGGAAUGACGUCAAACAAUACGAAUGGGACUAUAAAGUAUUAACUAAAACUAGACACCAGGCACCAAUGGUACGCACCGCCAGCAUCGUGAGCGUAGAUCCAAGACAAUCAUCAAUGGUAAUUAUGAAGGCUAAACGUAAAAAUAAAACUGCUUCACCUUUGGCCAGUAAUGAUCCAAAUAAUUCGGAUUCCAGUCAAUCUCACGAUGACUUUACUAUAUGUGAUCAACCUGUCUCAUCGCAAACUAUAAGAAAACUUAUGUUGGCUGUGGAUCAGGUUAAUAAAUCUUUAGAUGAUCAUAAGCGACAAUUGGUGUUGAUCAAUUCGAAAUUGGAACGUUUGCAAUAUGCACCACAUAAUACCAACACACAAAGCCACUCAUCUUCGUUGUUGGGCGCCCUGCCCCAAUCGAUGUUGAUUCGAGCUUCAGCUUAUGCAUUUGCAGCAUUAUUAGUAAGCCUUUGCCUUAAGUGGCUUUUAUAUUAGUUAACAUGUGCAAAAAUAAUAUUAUAAUUCAUGAAUACCUUUAAUAACUAAAAGAACUUUUUCUAAGUCUAAACAAAAUAUAUAAAAUAUAAACAGAAACAAAUUAUAAAUAUUAUAUACAUAUGUAUAUUUUUGCAUUAUUGGUAUUACCCAUUUGUUUAUUUUUAAUUGAUUUCUCAAGUUUGGUUUAAUACUUUUUAAUUAGAAAAAUCUAAUAUGUAUUUCGUUGUUAUAUUAUAAUUGGACUUUUGAUAAAAAAAUUAGACAAAAAAAUAAUAUAAAAUUUUUUACUACAUAAUUUUUUUAACUGUGUUCUCUCCUUUCUUACUGUUUUAAUAUAAAUAUAUACUCGUAUAAUUCAGUGUAUGUAAUGUAUGUAAAUUCCUUAUUUUGUUUAUUUAUUCUAUUCCAAUUUAGUUUUAAGUAAAGGUUUUUAUUAAUUACUUUCUUAAAAAGAAAAUUUAUAAUAAUUUAAAAUGAAAUGUAUGUAAAUUAAUUUUGCAUUAUGCAACUAUCACUCUAUCUAUAUAUGUACUAUUCCUCUUAUCUCAGCCAUUUUAAUUAAAACAAUAACAUUUUUUGAAAUUAUAAAUGCACUGCACUUUUAAAAAAAAAUAUUAAUAAUUGAGCCUCUGUUUUUUAUAAUAAUCAAUAUUUAAAGAAACAUAUUUGUUUAAAAUGUAUAUUUACUAAAGCAACAUUUAAUGAAAACUAUUGUGUAAAAAAUAAAAAAUUUAAUUAUUUACUUUAUUUCAAAAAGUUUAAAAAGAAAUUUCUUUAAUAAAUUACAUUUCCAUUUAAAUUGAAAA